ACAAAAUAUAUUUGAAAAAUAAAUUUGUACCAGUACCGGUAUGGGUACCGUAGGUAUAUUAAUGUAUUAGCAAAACUUUAUGUUAAUAAUAAUAAGGCGAAUUUAUUCAGUAAUACCAACCAUCUUGAACCAUGAACAAAGAGAAACAUACUAAAAAAUCCACUUCUGGUGAUGUUAUAGCUGCAGAAAUAAAAGAAUUUGAAUGUGAGAUACGUGGAAAACAAUACAGUAGCGAGGGCAGCAAAAGACAGCACUGGAAAAAACAUUGGAAGAAGAAGCAGUACAAAUGCCCUUUAUGCGAAAAAUGCUUCAUAUUCAAGUGUUACAUGGAGAUUCAUUUGAUUUCUCAUUCAGACGAAAAGCUCCAUCAAUGUAAAAUAUGUAAAAAGCAGUUUUCCAGAGCAAGUGGCGUAAGUACCCAUCUUCGACGUAUUCAUUCUGAAAACAAAACUUAUUAUCCAUGUGAUAUAUGCGGGAAAAAAUUCACCUCUAAAUCCUAUCUAGAAGAACACAUGAUGAUACAUAUUGGUGUUAAAAUGCAUGUAUGUGAAGUAUGCGAUAAGAAAUUCACUCACUCUGGAAGCUUGACACAACAUUUGAGAACCCAUACAAAAGAAAAGCCAUAUGCUUGUGAAACAUGUGGGAAGAGAUUCAGCUAUUGCAGCAAUCGCAAUAGACAUGCGAAACACCAUGCAGACCAGAAAAACUAUAAAUGUGAAAUAUGUUCUAAGACCUUUCGUUGGGAGAGCAGUCUUGAGUUGCAUUUGAGAACCCAUAUGCGUGACAAGAGAUUUCAGUGUGAAAUUUGCGAAAAAUACUUCACUGGAAGCCUGAAACGUCAUAUGGUCAUUCACAAUUCGGAAAGAAAUUAUAAAUGUCCAUUGUGCGAUAAAAGAUUUAAGAGAUCUUAUGAUGUGCAAGUUCAUUCAACCGUUCACACUGGCAUAAGAAAUUUUGAAUGCAAGAAAUGUGGUAAGAAAUUCAGUCAUGCAAGUGGACUUAAAAGACACAUGGUGACUCAUAUGACUGAAAAAAAAUUCAGAUGUGAAAUUUGUGCAAAAACAUUUAAGCAACCUGCAGAUGUGGACAAUCAUAUGAGAAUCCAUACUGUCGUAUCAUAAAACCUAAGAUGUAAUUUGAUGCAUUCGGUCUCUAGAGUACUUCCGAGAGUAAGCGAGAAGCUAUGGUUCACCAUAUAAUAUAGCUAGUUUAUAAGACUUCCUCUCCCGCAAUAAAUCUGAAAAUGCCAUAUUAGCAAAUUGUAUUUUUCUUUUGUCUAUUACCUAAAAUCGAUGCAGUUGCAUAAACAAGGCAACAAUUGUAUACCUAGUUGUGAUGGUGAAUGCCAUUUCAAUUUUGAAUAGAUCAUCGAAAACUAAACAGACCUGAAGUGGGCUAACAGGACUGUAUUUGUUAGUUUUCAGAUAUGAUAUGUCACAUGCAAACAUUUUUGUGCAACUGAUUGCUUCGCAUUCAGAUAAUAGAUGACCUGAAUUGCCAUCAUUUUGUGAUCUGUAUCUUGGCUGCACUACCAGUAACUUACUUUAUUUCGUGCUAAGGUUUAGUCACUCGGGCUAAAGAUUAGGCAACAAUUUUUGGCCUUUCGUUUCGUUCUUUAUAUAUUCUAUUCUCAUGAGAAAGCGACAAUAGCUUGUGCCUUUGAAUACAUUGUGUAUUUAUACCAUAAUAUUGUACAGUAUAAAUGUUUUGGUUGCAUAAUUGGUCAACAUGGCUCAAUAAAGUUUUGUCAGGGAUUUUGUCUUUCCAGAUAUCGUAACCAUUCCUCAUGACUUUCUCCAUCAGUCCAGUUCAUGCUCCUGAAAACAAAUAACUGGCUAGUCCCAUAUCCUAAAUAAACUGGUAUCCUGAUGAGAGGCCAUGGUUCGUCACAUGAUUAGGCUUUCUCCGGGUUAAAUAUGUAAAUCCUAUUCUAUUUAAUUUUAUUCUGGUUUCCUUUUGUUUAUUUAACAAAUAUUUUAUUUAUAUUUUCAAUACAUCAAUCCGUCAUUAGA